GUUGUCAUUUUAAGUAAAUAAUUAGUGUCAGUGCAAGUAAAGGCUGUUGCAGUGAAGUGCUGCUGCAGAGAGAGGCCAUACCGCGAGCUGCUAAGUCUGUAAGAGGUAACACCACAGUUCUAAUCCAAAGUUCAGCAGAACAACAGGAAUCCAAGAGCCGAUUUACUGGGACUCACUACAAGAGCAGCCCAUAAGUUCACUUCUCUUUUGUAAAACUGCAUGGAACCAAGCUUUUGAUGAGUGCCAAGGUGUGUGAAGUCUGUUAAUGAAGAAACCUCCAUCCAUUCAGAGGCCAUUGGAGAGCGACUGUAUUUAUGAAGCCUAUUACAGCAGAACCAUGGCAUUUGGGGACCUCCUGGAGACAGUGGGCAGUACAGGACGCUUUCAGAUUGUGCAUGUGACUCUUUUGGCUAUACCAGUCAUGAUGAUGGCCAGCCACAACCUGCUGCAAAACUUUGUAGCUUAUGUCCCCUCUCACCACUGUUCCCCGCCCACUAACCUGUCCCAAAGACCACUGAGCCCAGAGGACACCCUGCUUGUCACUGUGCCCCUGGAUAAAAUGGGGAGACCGCAGAGAUGCCAGAGAUAUGCCUCUCCACAGUGGCACCUGCUGGAUAACAACAGUAUUGCAGCAGCAGAAGAGCUAUCGGUGAAAGAGGUUGAGCUGCAGGACUGUACAGAUGGGUGGACUUACAACAUGAAUGAGAGGGACUCUAGUAUUAUAUCAGAUUGGAACAUGGUGUGUGACAUGCGAUCCCUGAAGCAGAUGUCUCAAACUGUGUACAUGGGAGGAGUCCUGGUGGGGGCCUUCCUCUUUGGAAGUCUGUCAGACAGAUAUGGUCGGCGCAUGCUGCUGAUCGUGUCCUACCUGCUCAUGGCGGUGAGCGGCACGUGUGCGGCCUUCUCCACCACCUUUUCUCUCUUCUGCCUCUUUCGUUUCGGCUGCGGCAUGGCUCUGUCUGGGCAAAGCCUCAACACUUUUUCUCUCAUUGUGGAGUGGAUCCCGACGCGUGUUCGGACAGUGACCGGCACAUUAGCAGGGUACUGCUAUACUGUUGGACAGCUCCUUUGGGCACUCAUCGCUUACUUUGUUCGGGAUUGGAGGUGGCUGACUUUGGCUGUGUCUCUGCCUUUCUAUGGUUUCUUCCUCGUUUCAUGGUGGCUUCAUGAAUCCUCCAGAUGGUUAGUCCUGAACCACCAACCUGAGAAAGCCAUCAAAAAUCUCAAGAGUGUUGCCAGAAUAAAUGGACGACGUGAAGAGGGAGAGAAAAUUGACCUCAAGGUGGUGCAGGAGUCCAUGCAGAAGGAGAUGUCCAAUUCAAAGGGGACAUACACCAUCCUGGAUCUCUUCAAGACUCCCACCAUGAGAAGAAUGACUCUAAGCCUUGCAGCAGUAUGGUUCUCCACCAGUUUUGCAUACUAUGGUCUUGCGUUGGAUCUACAGAAGUUUGGCGUGGACAUGUACUUGAUCCAGAUCAUCUUUGGUUGUGCUGAUAUCCCAGCGAAGCUCAUCAUCACCAUCACCAUGAGUCGAUUUGGCAGGAGGCCAUCACAGGCAGGAGCCCUGAUCUUAGCGGGAAUCUGCAUUUUAGUGAAUCUGCUAGUGCCUUAUGAUCAACCCAUCAUGAACACAUCUUUGGCAGUUUUGGGUAAGGGAUGUCUUGCCGCCUCCUUCACCUCCUGUUUCCUGUACACUGGAGAGCUCUACCCUACCAUCAUACGUCAGAAUGGGAUGGGUCUUGCCUCGAUGAUGGCACGUGUAGGGGCUAUGGUUGCCCCAAUGGUGCUGCUGGGUGGGGACUACAUCACAUGGCUGCCUGGUCUGAUCUAUGGAGGGGCUCCCAUCCUCACUGGAGCCGCAGCCAUGUUCCUCCCUGAGACUUUGGGCUGCUCACUGCCAGACACCAUCCAGGAUGUGGAGGACAGGGGGAAAGGUGGAAAACCCCAAAAGCCCAAAGACAGUGCUGCAGUUCAGGAUAACCUUAUAAAACAAGUGACUUGAGUAAAUAGGAAUAUGGGAAUAAUACUGAAUGCUGUGACACCACUGGACUGUUUCUGUAUAAAAAAAAGUUGAAAGUUUUCUCUCACUGAAGGUGUGAUGCUAUGUCUGCACAGGUCAAAAUUACAUUAAUUAUUAUGUAUAUUUUAGAAGAAAAAAUAUCUGUUGAGAUAACCUGAUUUACAUUUUUCUUGUUAUUUGACUCCACAACAGUAUGUGACAUUUUGAUAAAUUCAGUAAAAUGACUGCUUCUUCUUACAUGUCUUUCCAUUAAAUCACCUUUAUAUAACACAAAGUUGAUGUGAUGUUCAGACGAUGUACUGAGUAGACUGUAAGUAAUCUUUAGCUGUUCCUAAAAUGUAUUUAAAGCUAUAACAAAACAGC